UGCACUCUCCCAAGAAAAAAUAACCUCUCUAGCAAUACACACCAAAUUGAACAUGUGCAGAAGGGUUACGGGUUCAGUCUGUUUUAUCAGCGUGGACGUUUGAACAAGAGGAGGGGCAGAGAUGUCAGGAUCAUACAGCUUUUUCACACAAUGUAGAGGAUUAACCCCUUAGGUUGCACAGUGAGUAAUAACAAGCAUGCUUUACUGCCAGGGGCGGACUGACCAUUUGGAAACUCGGGCACUGCCCGAGGGCCCGGGGUCAAUAGGGGGCCCCAUGAGAUGCCCCUGGUACCUU